CGUCCUUCUUCGCAGUAAUUUAUUUGCAAAUUUAAAUAUUGGAGUUAUUUGGGCAUAUAGACCUAUAUUAAAAGGUCAAACGUGGCAUAAUAUUAUUUUCUAAGCAGUUGCGGUCCUUACUACCUUUCUUCUAAUAAUUGGCUCCACCUAUAUGGGAAGGUUUUAACUAUAAAACAAAAAAAUGCGGCAGACGGAUCGAAUUAUCGCCCAGUAGUAGCUUUUCGCGGCCGCACUUCUGUGCCUUCAAGGAACAACACAAUUCUGAUUAUCGUUAUGCUUUUAAUAAUAUUGCCGCGCUUUGGAUUUUUAUGCAGAGCACCAUGAGCCGCGGAAGACCUGAUACUGUACUUCAUGGAAAGUGAAAUAGUGUGAAAGUCUUCUUGUUUAAGCAAAUGCAGCGGGGGAAAUAAAGGGUUUCUUGGUUGGUUGUGUUCCAACGAAAAUGCCUUUCGUCGAAUUUAUAGCAGGGUGGAUUUCAGGUGCCGUAGGGCUGGUAGUGGGACACCCGAUGGACACAAUGAAGGUGCGUCUGCAGACCCAGUCCACAUACAGGGGAAUACUGGACUGCGUGUCCAAAACCUACAAACAUGAAGGGAUCAAUGGAUUUUUCAAAGGAAUGUCAUUUCCUGUCCUAAGUAUCGCCAUUAGCAACUCUGUGGCCUUUGGUUCCUAUAGCAACGCCUUGGACUACCUCACCCAAUCGGAAUACACGGAUCGGAGCCAAGGCAACCCCAUUUCUCUGACAGCAGUAUAUAUGGCAGGGAGUUUUUCAGGUGCCACACAGGUUGUGGUUUCUGCCCCUAUUGACUUGGUCAAAGUACGGUUGCAGACCCAGAUACGCACUGGGGAGAAGUACAGGGGCCCAAUGCACUGCUUGGCAGUGAUCCUGAAGGAGGAGGGGCCCCGAGGAUUGUUUCGAGGCAUGGGGGCCUUGGCCUUGAGGGACGUGCCCUGCUUUGGACUCUACUUCCUGCCUUACGAGUUUUUCUGCAGGCUUCUGACUGAAGCUGGGAAGCCGCCAGGGACGUUUGCGGUGCUGGUGGCCGGUGGCAUUGCAGGCGUGGUGACAUGGGCUUGCGCCACACCUAUGGAUGUGGUGAAGGCCAGACUGCAGCUGUCAGGAACCGGGGGUCUGGCUUACAGGAGCGUCUUGGACUGCGUGAGGGUCAGCAUGCGAGAAGAAGGCCUGCGUUUCUUCUUCAAGGGCCUCCUGCUCAACAGCAUCAGGGCCUUCCCUGUCAACGCUGUGACCUUCUUGAGCUACGAGAGCCUCAUGAGGACCAUGACCAGCAGGGCCCUGGACUGAGCCUAUUAGACCUCUGUCAUCUAUGAUACAGUCCCAGACGUUUCUUGGGACCACAUGCUGACCGGAGGCUGCCCACCUACCCAGUAGGCAGGAAUUAGCCGAGAUGCAAGAGAUACACCCCCCCAUUAAAAAUGUUAGUACACCAUACAUGCGUAUUCAUUUUAAUAAAUGGAAGUCCACACGAAA